AUGUUGCUUUUCAAUUGCAGAAAUAAUGGAAGAUUCCCAUUUCAACUCAUCAUACUUUUGGUCUCCCGUUCCAACAGUGCAAGGACAGAUUGAGAACGCCAUGUUUCUGAAUAAGAUGAAAGAGCAGCUGGGGCCGGACAAGGGAGCUGGUUUUCCGCACUCGUCCGCGGCGCACUACCCCACGGCGGUGCUGACGGUGCCGGGCUCGGUCGCCAUGGACACGGGAGCCGUCGGGAGGGUGCCCAAGCAGGAGGGUGGAGGAGGAGGAGCGAGCGGGACGGCAGGGCCGCAGAUAUCCGGCGUGGGAGCGCACCUGCAUCCUCCUCACACGUCCCAGAACAUCACGGUGGUGCCUGUCCCGUCCACCGGCAUCAUGACAGCAGCAGGGUUAGUGAUCACGACUCCUCAAGGGGCGCUGGUCACUCCUCCUUCCUCCUCGCAGUCUUUUGUUUCUGGACCUCCCACAACGACCAUGAUCGUGUCCGCUUUACACCCAACUAACACAGAGGCUGUCCGGCCCCCUUCCCUCUAUCUCCACAGCCACUAUAAGAAAGAGGACGGAAGUAUCCCACCCGCUGUAGUCAUGCCACUUCCCUCAAAGCGGGGCAGAAAGAAGAAGUCCAUGAUGCCAAGGGCAGGUCCCGUUUCAGCCCAUGCGCUCGCCACAGGAAGUGAUGCGCUGAUUCUUGCACACCUGGCCACUGGGGGACAGCACAACACGAGUGACCCGUAUGACCUUUCCAAUGACGAGGAUGAUCAUCCAGGCAAAGAUGGGAACAAGUCAUACAGGUGCAACGAAUAAUCAUUUUCUUAAAUAUUUGCAGGCUUGAUUAAUUUUUGGUGCAUUAAGGACUGCCACGCUUGACACUGUUUGAAUGUGUGUUUGAACAUUUAACUGACAUGACCUUUCUGCCGCCUUACAAAAAUAUCGCUAUAUUUUCCACCAGCUUGUAAGGGAGCGUCUAGAAAGGUGAAUGCAAAUGGAAUUGAUGAUCAGUAUAGCUUCUCAAGG